CUACUCUCUCCGAAAUCAAAACAAAACAAUGACAACGCCGAAUGUAAAUCGUCGCGCCCUGACUUCUCGGGAUGGUAAUGUCUACACUACACCCCGACUCGGAGGCGCAGGAAGGAAGUCCGGAGCGGACGCGGCGACACCAGAGAGUCUACGCAAGCGCAGCUCUGUGCGAAAGAAGCGGCUGUUCAGCGAAUUGGUCGAGGACGGGGAUUACUACGAUGACCAGACGAGGGGCACACCGAGGCGGUAUGUCAGUGCUAAUGUAGGGGGGAGUGGUAGAAGGGGAGGAGGAGGGGGAGGAGUGGUUGUGGUUGGGGAGGAUGAGGAGGAGGAAGAUGAGUAUGCCUGGUUCGACGAGGAGCAGGAGUGGGAGGGGGGAUUGUUGGGUGGUGGGGGGGUGAAGCUUGAAGAGGACACGCAUUUCCUUCCACCAUACCCAUACCCAUCAACCCCCUACCGUUUUUCAACUUCUACAAUUCUCUCCACACCUCUAACGCACGACCCCUACCGUCAUCACCUCCGUCAUGACCACAACAGACCAACCCCCUCCUCCCCGGCAACAACCCUAAAACUCCGCCUCCGCGUUGCCCUCUUCAAAGUCCAGACGAACCAAACGUCAAUCCCACUCUCGCACCUACAGGUCCCGCAGUCCUCCCCACAGCCGUUGUCAGUAUUCCCACCGAGCUUGGUCCGUAUCAGUCCUAUUGUGGAUAGUUAUGGGGACGACGGGAUUGAGGACGAAGGUUUUGGCGGUGGCUCUGGUGGGGGUGGAGCGGGGGUUAGCUUGCCGAGUUCACCACCGUUGUUUGGAAGAAGAGGGGAGGGAAGUCCCACGGCGAUUAGGUUGGGGUAGGAGGGGAGGGGGCUUUGGAGAGAUGUUAUAGGAGGGAGGGAAUUUGGGAGCAUGGCGUUGCAUUUUCUUGUGUAAUUGACGGUUUGGCUGAGAUUCGGAGCUUUUUCUUUUUUCUUGACUAUGUCGGUUUGAUCUUUUUCAUUUUUCUCAUUUGGGAUGAUUGGGUUUCUAAUAGACGUCAAAGGGGUGGAAAGUAUUAUAAUACUUGUAGUCUUUCAGGUCUUGUUGGGGUGAGGUUGUGCAAUUUCUGGUGAUGAGUGGCGAUCUUUCAUUAUUCUCGUCUCUCUUAGGAUUCACUUUUAUAUAUGUAUAUAUUGAUAUUCUCUUCCAUAUUUCCUUUCUUCCUAAACCUCCCUUCUACUCUGGGAUCUUGGCAGGAGCUUCUGCUCUUAUUCCCAUUCUUUCCUACAUUCUUUGUUUUUCACGCAUGCUUUUUUUUUAUUAUAUAUCGGGGGUUGGCGAUUAGUUUGAUGACCAUAACUUGCUGCGUUUCCGGAGCAGCAUGUGUUUGGCCUUCGCUAAGUGGUGUGUGUACUCGGAACAAACAUGCAGCGAAAA